CGGACGAGUCCAUUUUUGACAGGGUACUGCAGUCGCGCGUCGUUGCACAAAACCGCAAAAAUUGUAUCAAAAACAGUCAAAAUGAAGCGCUCCGUGUCAACGAAAUAGUCAAAAUCGCCGCCCCUUUCACCUCGUCUUCGCACCGCCAAACUCGAGAAAAAAUAAACGUCUCUGACGUCAGCCAUGAAGGCACUUCGCAGCGCCGCCAACCGCACGCCAAAAUCCCCCAACAGCAAAUGUGAGCACCAGCGAUGUCGCGGACGCAAUUUUAGAGUUUCGCGGAAAACGCCGCAUUGUUUUUCUUCGGAAGAUGUUGAUGAAGAAGCAGUUUAGUGUGUGGUUGUACGCUGUGGCGAUUAAUGCGACGUAGAUAGUGAAAUUCGGGGUAUUUAUUUGUGACCGCUCCAGCCAUAACAAUGGAACUUGGUGACCAUGUUUAUGCCGCCGAAAGGAUUAUAAAAAAAAGAGUCCGACGGGGCGUCGUCGAGUACUACGUGAAAUGGAAAGGCUGGAGCCAGAAGCACAACACGUGGGAGCCCGAGGAGAACAUCCUCGACUUGCGGCUCAUCGACCUGUUCGAGCGGUCGCAGAAGGUGGACGUGCACAAGCGCGGCCCCAAGAAGAAAGACCGCCACGCCGAGAAGCAACAAGUGGAGACCGAGGACGAAGGGCGCGCGAGCGGCGAAGACAGCCAGGACGACACAGUGACCAGCGCCGAGCAGAGCAAGCCGACGCCCGCCGCCAACAAGAAGGAGUCGACGCCGAACCCCGACGACGAGGACACGCGGGCCGGGUCCGAGGUGUCCUCCAAGUCGCCAGUGCCAACGGGAGUGGACGACAACGAGAAUUCGAAUAGCUCGAGCAGCGAGGACAGGAGGCCGAUUCUGGCCAGGCUGGAGAUCGGGGCCAAGCGGAAGGCCGAAGUGUUGUCGAAGGAGAGCGGGAAGAUCGGGGUUACGAUCACGACGAGCAGUCCGACGAGCUCGAGUCCGCCACCGAGCAAGGUCCACAAACUCUCCUCAGCCAAACCGCAGUCUUCGACGUCGUCAGCGAACCGCGCCAACGGCCGCCAGAAAAGCGAAGAAGAAACCUCGUCGGCGAUCCCCUCGGCGUCGAGUCCCGCCGUUCUGACCGCCACGACGCCCCGAACCUCGACUGACAAGAGUCGCAGUCCCCUCGACGCCACUCUGCCCCACUCCUCGACGAAAGAGCCGGCGUCGCCGAAGCCGGUGGCGUCGCGGACCGACGACAAGCGGCCGCCCGCCGAGCCGCCCGUGUCGCCGCCUCCGAAGAAACCCGAAGUCAGCACGAAGGCCGACAGCGCGGAGGGCGAGUGCAAAGCGGGCGAUAAAGAGCUGACGGUGAACGGACACAAUAACAAUAACAAUGUGACUGACGAACUCCCGGUGCUGACGAGUCCGGGCUCGGAGUACUGGCUGGCGAGGAACCCCGUAGCGGAUCAGGUUUUCAUCACCGACGUCACGGUGAACCUGAAGACUGUCACGAUCCGGGAAUGUAAAACCGAGAAGGGGUUUUUCAAAGAUCGGGACGAUAAUAGUCAUUCUAGUGAUAUUGUUUGACUUUUAUUUAUUUCGUUGAUAAGCUUAAGUCGUAAGGACAGUGAUGGGCUUUUUUAGAUAUCCGAGGGUGGGUAUCGUACAGGGUAGCUCAGUUUUAGAGCAACGUUUCCCCGAGGAUCUGAUAGGUUUUAUUAGACUGUUGGUGCUAUAUGCUUUUUUAUUGGCCAGCCUGAGGGAGUGGACGGUUUCACGAUUCAUUGACUGCUUGUUGUGUAGUAGUGCUGAGGCUGGACGUCGUGGUUCGAGGACGAUUUUUGUAUAAAUGUGUAUAUUUCGCUGCUGUCAUUUCCAAAGGUCCUGCUUGUUUGCUCCAAAUACAACCCCAAAUCUUCAUUCGUUUUUUCUUUUUUUUACUGUGAUAUUCAAAUCGUACUAGAUGAAAUUCGGUCACAAU